UGGCCCAGUUGUCAUAGUCAGGUGCCGGCAUUUUCCUUCUCUUUCAACCUGAAUCCGUUGUCUCGGCAUAGGACUAGCAAUAGGACUAGUAAGAAAAAUAACUGGGCAAUCUCCGUCCUUGACUUGACUAUAGGGCGGGCAGUGCCCAAGCUCAAAAGUCAUGGCUUCCGGUGGGAAAAGCUUACCGGGUCAGCUUGACCUGUGCUUCGUCUCGUACCUGGAGGCAGCAUAAAAGCGACCAGAGCAAAGGCAGCAGCAGCAACAAUAACGAAAGCAAGGCUUUGGUCAGGAGAACUUCAGGAGUUUUCAGGGAACUGCUCCAAAAUGUUUCCUGCUCUAAAUUUGCUUCUCUUGCCUCAUCUGCUCCUACUGGCAAUGACUUCAUAUUCUCAUGCACUUCCCUUCAGCAAUGAGACUGAUCUCGAUGCCUUGCUAGUAUUCAAGGCAGGUCUAAACCGCCAGUCAGAUGCACUGGCCUCAUGGAACACAACCACUGACUUGUGCAAGUGGCGUGGUAUCAUGUGCAGCCUCAAGCAUAAGCGAAGGGUAUUGGCACUGAAUCUCUCCUCGGCUGGGCUUUUUGGGUACAUCGCCCCUUCCCUCGGGAACCUGACGUACCUGAGAAGUUUAGACCUCAGCUACAAUCUGCUACACGGCGAAAUCCCACCGACGAUUGGCCAGUUGAUUCAAAUGUCAUAUCUUGACUUGUCAAAUAAUUCACUCCAAGGUGAAAUGCCUUGGGCCAUUGGACAAUUACCACGGUUAACUUACCUAUAUCUAUCAAACAAUUCACUUCAAGGGGAAAUCACACGUGGCCUGCAGAACUGUACUCGCCUUAUAAGUGUCAAACUUGACCUGAACAACCUCAAUCGAGAAAUACCUGAUUGGCUUGGUGACCUGUCAAGGAUUGAGACCAUUUCAAUAGGGAAGAACAGCUUCACUGGGAUCAUCCCACCAUCACUUGGGAACCUCUCAUCUCUGCGGAGAUUAUACCUCAAUGAAAACCAGCUGAGUGGUCCAAUCCCUGAGAGCCUUGGCAGGCUUGGUAAGCUUGAGGCUCUAGCACUGCAAGUAAACCACCUCUCAGGAAAUAUUCCAACAACGCUAUUCAACAUUUCAUCCCUCAUCCUCGUUGGUCUUCAAAUGAACCAACUGCAUGGCACACUGCCCUCCAAUUUGGGCAAUGGCCUUCGACACAUCAGAUACCUUAUCCUUGCUCUGAACCAAUUCACAGGAAGAAUUCCAGCUUCAAUUGCAAAUGCAACUACAAUCCAAUCCAUGGACCUCUCUGGUAACAACAUCACCGGAAUCGUGCCUCCAGAGAUUGGAAGGCUCUGCCCAAAAUACCUGAUGCUUAAUGGAAACCAGCUGGAGGCAACCACUGUUCAAGACUGGGGGUUCAUCACUUCCCUGACAAAUUGCACAAGCCUUCGUUGGGUCACACUGCAAAACAACAAGUUUAGAGGCAGGUUUCCGCGCUCUAUCGCCAACCUAUCAGGGCAACUUGAAGCCCUAGACAUCAGAAACAAUGGAAUAUCGGGAAAGAUACAAAUUGGCAUUGGCAGUUUUCCCAAACUAUUCAAGCUAGGGCUAUCUGGCAAUCAGUUAACCGGCCCCAUACCGGACAGCAUAGGAAGACUGAACAUGCUCCAGUUCUUGACACUAGAGAAUAACCAGCUCUCCGGGAUGAUGCCGCCCUCGCUCGGGAACUUAACACAGUUGCAACAUCUUUCAGUAGAUAACAAUAUGUUGGAGGGACCUCUUCCGAUGAGCAUAGGAAAUCUACAACGGCUUGUCAGCGCAACCUUUUCGAACAAUGCGCUUUCAGGUCCAUUACCCGGAGAGAUCUUUAGCCUGUCAUCCUUGUCAUACGUUCUGGACUUGUCAAGGAAUCAUUUUAGUAGUUCCCUUCCAUCCCAGGUUGGUGGUCUUACAGAGCUCACAUACUUGUACAUCCAUGAGAACAACUUGUCUGAGCUGCUGCCAGACGCUCUCAGCAAUUGCCAGAGCUUGAUGGAGCUCCGUUUGGAUGAUAACUACUUCAACGGUAUGAUUCCUGUGUCCGUAAGUAGAAUGCGAGGCUUGGCACUGCUGAAUUUGACCAAAAAUAGGCUCACAGGAGGAAUCCCUCAAGAGUUAGGACUCAUGAGUGGACUGAAAGAACUGUAUCUUGGACAGAACAGUUUAUCUGCACAGAUCCCAGAGACCUUGGAAAGCAUGAUAUCACUCCGCCGACUCGACAUAUCCUUCAACCUUCUUGAUGGGCAAGUCCCAGCACAUGGUGUGUUCACCAAUUUGACUGGGUUCACUUUCUAUGGGAAUGGUAAGCUUUGUGGUGGCAUUCAAGAGUUGCAUUUGCCUUCAUGUCCAUCCAAAACAAUUGGGGGUGUUCAAAGGAUACCCCGAGUCAUUCGAAAUGCAGUGAUCCCGAGUACUAUAAUCAUCUUUGUGUGCUUUAUAAUGGGACUAGCUUUCUUCUCACUGAAAAAUAAAUUAAGAAUGCCAUCUGUAAGAGCAACUUUGGUAGCUCCUUCCUUGAUGGGUGACAUGCAUCCUCGAGUUUCGUAUUCCAACUUGUUCCAGGCAACAAAUGGCUUCACAACUGACAAUUUGGUUGGUACUGGACGAUAUGGAUGUGUUUAUAAGGGGAGGUUGAUGCUCAAGAGGUCAGUAAGUACUGUGGCUGUGAAGGUUUUUGACCUUGAACAAGCUGGUUCCACGAAAAGUUUUGAGGCAGAGUGUAAGGCACUUGGCAAAAUUCGCCACCGUAACUUGAUUGGGGUUAUAACUUGCUGCUCAUGCUCUGACUUUAACCAGAAAGACUUCAAAGCCAUUGUUCUCGAUUUCAUGCCUUAUGGGGGUCUUGAUAGGUGGUUACAUCCAGACAUAUAUUCAUCAAAUCCAGUCAAAAUUCUAACAUUAAUGCAGAGACUGAGUAUUGCUUCUGAUGUUGCCGCCGCUCUAGACUAUCUGCACAACAACUGCCAGCCAACAAUAGUUCACUGCGACUUGAAGCCCAGCAAUAUUCUUCUUGGAGAGGAUAUGGUUGCUCAUGUUGGGGACUUUGGCCUUGCAAAGAUUCUCAUAGACCCAGAAGGGGAGCAAUUGAUCCAUUCAAAGAGUUCCGUAGUGGGAACAAUUGGAUAUGUUGCUGCAGAGUAUGGUGAAGGUGGUCAAAUAUCUCUGAGUGGGGAUGUGUAUAGCUUCGGUAUUGUGCUCCUUGAGAUGUUUACAGGGAAGACACCUACACAUGGUAUGUUUACGGAUGGAUUGACCUUGCUCGAGUAUGCAAAGAUGGCAUAUCCAGCACAACUGAUGGAGAUUAUUGAUCCCCUUCUGCUAUCAGUUGAGAAGACACGGCAAGAUAUUAAUAGUUACAUGUACUCUAUCACAAGACUUGCCCUAGCAUGUUGCAGGAAAAGACCAACUGACAGGCUGUCCAUGAGAGAUGUCAUGUCUGAGAUGAACAAGAUAAGGGCUUGCUGUGCUGUAGAAAUAACUACGAAAUGUAGUUCUACGUGAUGGAGCAUCAGUGCCUUGUUCUUGAGCACUAGUUUCACAAGAUAACAAUGGGAAAUUAUUAUUUAUACCAAUAUAAAAAGC